AUGGGUUUAAGAUUAAUUCUUCAUAAUCAACAACGAAUAUUAAAUAAAUACAAAUUUGAAAAAAUGCUUCUACAAGAAUUUUUACUAACAAUAGAUCGUUUAUUAAAACAGCAACCAAAUGAAUUACCAAUAUUGUCAUAUCAACAAUUAUUAAAUCAACAAUUAGUUGGUUUUUAUUUAUCAACAAACCUUUUUCAUUUAUAUGAACAAUUAAACUUAGAAAAACAUAUUCAUCGAAAUUUAAAUAUAAUAAACAUAUUUCAACGACAAACGAUUGAUUUAAUUGAAAAUUAUUUAUUAAAUAAAGAAAAAAUUUUAGCGUAUGGAUUUAUUAGAUAA